AUGUCUGCUAAUCGCAGAGAGAAGCCGGCCACAGAAGACUUCGCAGAUAUUCAAGGCCGAGAAGCCUUCAGGAUAACGGCACCGGACCCUCAGCCUGAUUACGACUGGGCUCACCAACCUAUUCCGCAAGAGCUGCGGCUAUACCAAGAUGAUGAUUCUUUGCAUCCAAUCAUCAGGCAGAUUCUUGCUUGGUCAUUGAAUGUGGGCUGUCAGCCUUCAGACAGUGAGCCCAGAGGUGACAAUAGAGAUGGAAAAGACACAGGUUCUUCAAGCAAAGGCACAAGUGACCCGACCAGUGAGCGUCGCUUUGACAGCCAAGAAUUACUCCCUCCGGCUGCCGCCUCCAAGCAGCUUGAGAGAAAUGGGGUCUUGGAAAACCACGUUGAUGAGGCUUCAGCCCUCUCUCGGAGCACCGUUGGUGGGGGAAAGCGCCUUUUCAAAUCGCAGAAAGGGAAAUAUGGUAUUCUUGAUUCCACCUCGACCUUAUCUCAGCGUUGA